AUGGAGGCGCUGCUCCGAGAAACGCAACGGCAAGUGGCACAGAGGACGGAGGAGUCGGUGCGCUAUCGCGCCAGCUUGGAAGAAGAAGUGCGACAGAAGGAGGAGCAAAAGCAGCUGGCCACCACGUUGCAGGAUCGUUGCAACUCGCUGAUGCAACAAGUCGAGUGCCUUCGGAGCAGCUGUCAGACUCUCAGCACAGACUCUCAAGAGAAGGCAGGCUUGGAAGGCCAGGUGAAUGAGCUCUUGCGGAUGAAUGCCCAGUGGCAGCAAGCGCAUCAAAGCCUCAAUGCUGAGUCCGAGAAUCUGCGGCAGAGGCUCAUGGAGGUGGAUCAACUGAAGAUCGAAGUUCGACGGCUGCAGCCCAUGGAAGAGGCCGCGCGUGAGAUGGAGCUACGACUCCAGGACACCGAGCAAAGUCUCGAGCAGCACCGCGACGCGCUCAUCGAGGCGCAGCAGCUGCGGAACCAUGACAGCGGUUCCCUGCAGCGUUUGCAACUGGAGCUUGAGUCCCUACAAGAGAGUCAAGCUUCACAAGUGGGCGAGUUAGAAGCCGAGCUCAUGGAGGCAAGACACGAGCGUGCUUCACUGCAGCGGGAGAAGGAGGAUCUUCAGCGACGCAUGGAGGAGCUCCUGCAGAAACAGCAGGAGAACUCUCAAGCGGCAGAGGAUGGAAAGAGCAUACGCCAAGAGAACGAGAAGCUCCGAGAAGAGCUACAGAUGGCGCAGGAAGAGCAGCAAAAGCUCAAUGGAGUGGUCGAGCGAUGUUUGGCCAAGAUGGAGGUGGAUAGUCGGGAGCGACCCUUCCUUGUCGACAAGCGGAUGGUCACCCAGAUGUUGGCGGCCUAUUUGGAGCAGCGGGAUCAUCCGGGGCCGCAGCAGGAGAUUAUGGCGAAGAUGGCCGAUUUGCUGGGCUUCAGUACCAGCGAGCGAGAGCAGGUCGGCCUCUCCCAGAAACGGAAGGGCCCGAUCGCUUCGGAAGAGCCUGCGAACCUCGCCGACUUGACCGAUCGAUUCGUGGAUUUCUUGAUGGAGGAACCGUGGGUGGAUUCUGAAGGAAUAAUCAUGUUCAGUGAGUCGAUCAAUCCUCUUUGCAUGUCCAGUUGUUCUUUUGUUUUGCUAUUUUUCAAAAGGUUGUUUGAUCAAAGAGUUUUAUAA